UAUCUCACAUUUAUAAUCACAAUAACUUAGAUUUAUUUUCUCUCCACUAAACCUAAAGCAAAAUGGGGUUGUUUAACAUCUCAUUGUUACUCACUUGUCUCAUGGUAUUAGCCAUAUUUCACUCUUGUGAUGCCCAAAAUUCACCCCAAGACUAUCUUGCGGUUCACAACGAUGCCCGUGCCCAAGUCGGGGUCGGCCCAAUGUCUUGGGAUGCCGGUUUGGCAUCCCGAGCACAAAAUUAUGCCAAUUCAAGAACUGGUGAUUGUAACUUGAUUCAUUCUGGUGCAGGGGAGAACCUUGCCAAGGGAAGUGGUGAUUUCACGGGGAGGGCAGCUGUGGAAUUGUGGGUGGGGGAGAAGCCAAACUACAACUAUGGUACCAACCAAUGUGCAAGCGGACAAGUGUGCGGACACUAUACUCAAGUAGUCUGGCGUAACUCAGUCCGACUAGGUUGUGGUCGGGCUCUUUGCAACAAUGGGUGGUGGUUCAUUUCUUGUAACUAUGAUCCUGUUGGGAACUACGUCGGACAACGUCCUUACUAAAAUGUGUUUACUUAUGAUGUGCAAGGGAUUAAAUGUACGUCUAUAAUUAUUAUUAUUUCCCUUCGAUGUUGCUAGUGUGAAUAAUUCCACGUACCAUAUGUUCAUGGUAUAGUGGGCUUAAGUUGAUAAUUAAGUAU